ACUGUCGGGUUCAGUAAAAAAUGCACAUCCUCGGACCAAACCCACAAAAGAUCUCCAAACGUUUUCCCAAGCGAAAGAUGCUUCGGCGGAAGUCGUUAGAACUUGCACUUCCCUCGUCGUUCGGGAAAAACCCACGUUCGGUGGAAUGGGUAAAGAAACCCGAGUUCGGUGAAAAACCCAACACUCACGUGUCUGUUCAUGCGUUUCUUCAAUGAAGUUGUUGGAAUCUCUCGUCUGCCUAAUAAUCAAGUGAGGCGUCGCGUCAUCGUUCUUCAGAACCACUUCCCCCCUCGUCGGCUCGUGAAUUGCGCACUCUCUUUUUCUUUAAAAACCCCGCCUUUUCGAACAUGGGCAAAAGGCAAAACCGACCCGCCCAAAAGCCUCGUCUCUCCUCCACUCGAUCUAACAAAUUCCCCCUUCCUUUGAUCACAUGAAGUUCGCUAGUCGUUGCUGUCGCGAGAAAACGUCGGAAGAACUCGUGAAAGCGUUGUUGGGUCUGGAUCUCUCGAGCCUCGAUUCGUCCGCGCAGUAGAACCGAGAAAGCUUUUGUUUUUCCUCAGGUUUUUGCCAGCAUCUCGAAGUGGCCAGUGGCCGGGGGCUACUGUGAGCUCACAUGUCGCACCGCAAAGAGGGGGAGGGGAAGAGAGAGAGAGAGAGAGAGGUGAAAUUUGAAAAGUCUCUCUGCUAGGGAGAAGGGUGGGGCUCGUAGGUCGCGGCCCAAAGGAAGGAGGGGGGGGUCCAUAACCAGACAACCUCCUGAUGCAGGAGAAAGAAAAGCCAGUCCUACCUGCAAUUCAUCUUUUUUAACACAUCAGAUUCUUUUCUCCAAAUAUUUUCUCCCACCUUCACGUGAUUCUGAGGCUCGCUCAGUUCAAGUCCCAGUCCAGUCCCGGGACGAUACGACACCGCCUACCUUCUUCCACCCCUCUCUCUCUCUCUAGCCCUCCAUUCUACGUGCUCUUGUCACGUACCUCCUGCCCCUUCUUCUCUCCCCUCCAUUGCCCAUACCUGCAGAAGCCCCAAAAACGCUAGCAGAGAAGACGACAAGUCGCGUGAAAGUAAAAAAGACAGCAGGAACCAAGAAAGGCAUCGUUGCAUCAGAGAAGAAACAGGAGCGCUCUCUCGAGUCCCUUCCCAUCAGCGCCAAUGCUGAGGCCAAGAGCCCCACCACGUCCCUCCGCACUGUCGUUUCUUGCUCUGCUCUGCCCUGUCCUCGCGCUCGCCGCUUCUGGGUCGCCUCCGUCGUCGAACCUCCUGUUGCCCCCCGACGCGUCGGCCCUCUUGGCGUUCGCGUCCAAGGCGGAUUUGAACGGCGUCCUUCGCUUCUCUCCCAACACGAGCUUCCUUUUUUGCCAGUGGCAGGGGGUCCAGUGCGUCGGAGGCAGAGUCGUCCGUCUCGUCCUCGUAGGGCUCAGUCUCGGCGGCGAGUUCGCUCCCAACUCGCUGACUCGCCUCGACGAGCUCCGAGUCCUGAGCCUGCAGAACGACUCGCUCGCCGGCCCGAUCCCCGACCUUUCCGGCCUCGUCAACCUCAAGUUCCUCUUCCUCGACCACAACGCCUUCACCGGCUCUUUCCCUCCGUCGAUCUUGUCGCUCCACCGGGUCAGGACCCUCGACCUGUCGCACAACGGCUUGACCGGUCCGUUGCCUUCCUGGCUGGCCGAGCUGGACCGGCUGUACUACCUCCGGCUCGACGGCAACCGGUUCAACGGGACCGUCCCUCCGCUCAACCAGUCCACUCUGCAGGCGUUCAACGUCUCCGGCAACAACCUCACCGGCGCAAUACCCGUCACGCCGGUCCUAUCUCGCUUCAAGCUCUCGUCCUACUCGUGGAACCCGGGCCUCUGCGGGGAGAUCAUAAACAAGGAAUGCAACCCCGGGCCACCGUUCUUCGCAGCCUCCUCCACGGCGGCGAGCGCGGCUCCGCCCCCUCCGGCGACGGCGCUGGGGCAGAGCGCGGAAGCGCGUGGCUUCAACCAGACCCAGCCGACUCAGAAGAAGCACAAGAGGACCGUGGUCAUCCUCGGGUUCUCGUCGGGGGUGGCGGUGCUCCUGUGCUCGCUCCUGUGCUUCGCUGUGGCCGUUAAGAAACAGAGGGAUUCGUCCCGGCUAGCGGCGAGUACAAUCAUGGCAUCAGACGCCGCCGCGGCUGCCCAGGCCGCGGCCAUCAUGCAGAUAGAGCAGGAGAACGAGCUGGAGGAGAAGGUGAAGAGGGUGCAAGGAAUGCAGGUGACGGCGAAGAGCGGGAGCCUGGUGUUCUGCGCGGGGGAGGCGCAGCUGUACUCGCUGGAGCAGCUGAUGAGGGCGUCGGCGGAGCUGCUGGGGAGGGGGACGAUGGGGACGACGUACAAGGCGGUGCUGGACAGCCGCCUGAUCGUGAGCGUUAAGCGGAUGGACGGUGGGAAGAUGGCGGGGACGAGCAGGGAGGCGUUCGAGCGGCACAUGGAGUCGGUGGGCGGGCUGCGGCACCCCAACCUGGUCCCCCUCCGCGCCUACUUCCAGGCCAAGGAGGAGCGGCUCCUCAUCUACGACUUUCAGCCCAACGGCAGCCUCUUCUCCUUGAUUCACGGAUCCAAAUCAGCGAGGGCCAAGCCCCUCCACUGGACAUCGUGCCUCAAGAUCGCCGAGGACGUGGCGCAGGGCCUCUCCUACAUCCACCAGGCGUGGCGGCUCGUCCACGGCAACCUCAAGUCCUCCAACGUCCUCCUCGGCCCCGACUUCGAGGCCUGCAUCGUCGACUACUGCCUCUCGGUGCUGGUCGACCCGCCCCUGGACGGGGACGACCCCGACCUGGCCGCCUACCGGGCGCCCGAGACCAAGGACCCCGGUCACCAGCCGACCAACAAGUCCGACGUGUACGCCUACGGCACCCUGCUGCUGGAGCUCCUCACGAGCCGGCCCCCGUCGCAGCACCUGCGGCCGAUGCCCGGCGGCGACGUGAUGGGCUGGGUGAGGUCGACGAGGGAUGACGACGGGGGCGGCGGGGGCGACGACCGGCUGGCGAUGCUCCUGGAGAUCGCCAUGGCCUGCGGAGCGAAGUCGCCGGAGCAGAGGCCCACGAUGUGGCAGGUGUUGAAGAUGCUGCAGGAGAUUAAAGAGGCCGUGUUGGACGACAGUGAACUGGACCUGCACAAGGAACAGUGCUAGCUUAGUAAUUGCGUGCCUCCUAGUACGCUGCAGCAGCGUCUUCAUUGAUAGGAGGAGGAUAGUAGAUAGAAAAAUAUUGGAGAGACCGGUGGUGUAAAAAGAGAAACUUUAUAUGUAACUUGGUCAUAACCAGUUUUCAUUGAAUGCCUUCUGACAACCUUCGGCGGGGACAUGGUUUCAAGGGGCAAUCACAUGACAGCUGCAUCAGUCUUUUGUCCGUUCUACACUCGAGAAAUUUUCUUAUUCGUUGAAUCAAGCAUCUAAACUUUUCAAUUUGGUAUAA